AUGGAGGAUGAACCGCUGCCCCCUGAGGGGGAUGAUGACGAGCUGGACACAGUGAACCCGGCGCCACCACUGGAGGCGGGUGACGCCAGCUCGGUGCUGCACAGUGACGCAAUCGGUGACACCAUGUAUUCUGAGCGUGGUGUGCUGCGGACGCUGAUGGCGCUGAAUGCUGCUGUGCCGCGGUAUAUCGGCCUGGGGCAGCACCAGAACAGUGCAUGUGAUGAGUCGGAGCCGCCGCUGAUGGAGUUGGACACUGAGCUGGAGCAGCAGCUGUGCCAGCUGUGGGACAUGUCGGCCGAGCGCGACGUGGCCGUCUUCCUGGGCAACUGCGGCCUGGUGGAGGUGGCGCUGCCGCUGCUGGGGCGCUCGCCGUGCCCGCGCCUGCUCGAAAUCCUGGCUGGCACGUUCGCCAACUGCGCCGCGCACGGCCCGACCGGCCUGGCGCAGCUGUACGCCGUGCGCGGAGAGCUGCCUGAGGAGGAGCUGCUCCAGACGUGUCGCGAUACGCUGCGCCUGGUGGCCGAGCUGCGCGCCGAGCUGCCGGACACAGAGUCAGCCGCCUUGGUGCACUGA